AUGAAUAUUAGAAUCUUUAGAUUUUAAAAUAUAAAUAUUUUAGCAUAAGCUUUAACAAAUAAGAUUCAUGAAUUAGAAUUUUAAUCUAAAAAAGGAAUAAAAUAUCCAUUUGGAAAUAAUGAGGAAUUCGUUGUGAUUGGAUAAAUGAUUUUAGAGUUUUAUUUCUCUGAUUAUUUGAUUUAGAGAGGGUAUUUGAUUACAUUAUGCAGAUACCCCACCAAAGAUUCCUCAAUUAAAAAGCCCAGUGACAUUGUUUAACUUAGAUAAAGAUUACUUAAUGAGAAAAACUUGGCAGAAAUUGCAUUAUAAUAUAAUUUACCUAACAUUGUCCAAAUAGGUAAUCAAAUCGGUUUAAAGUAUAAACAUGAUUAAUUUAUGUAGAAGAAACCCUAAGAUUCUGGCUGAAACAUUGAAAGCCAUAGUGGCAGCAUAAUAUUACGAUUCUGGAUUUGAUUUAGAACAUGUUAGAGAGAUAACUUAGCCUAUAUUUAAGGAACUCUUAGACAAGUAAUGUAGUAAUAUCCAAAAUAGAGGUCAGAACAUUCCAAUUGCAGAACUAAAAUAGAAUGCUAAGUCAUCAUUUCUUGAAUUCAUUAACAACUUUACAGAUUUGAAACCAAAAGUAUCAGUUGAAUGGAAAAAAGAUGCAAAUUCAGCUAAUGUUUUCAAGGUCUAAUUAGAAUUAGAUUCGCUGUUAAAUAUCACCAAGACUGGUAUCAAUAAGAGAUAAACAGAAUAACUUGUAUAUCAUGAUGCUUUGAUGCAAUUAAAAUAGAAAACGACAAAUUAAUACAAUUUACCUUUGAAAAACGAAAUUCAAAAAAAUGUCUCAGACUAACGAUCCUCAGAAUAAAGCACAAUUAUUUAUGAAUUAGAGAGAUCAAUUCUUAAUGAUAGUCAAACUUUUCAUUUUUCAGAAGUGUAUGAAUUCAGCAAUACAGAUUGUUAAGAAUCAUUGAGUGAUAAAGUAGAGCAAUUGCUUGAAAAAUUAGCAUUUUGA